UCCAGCUGGAACAGAGGGCAUCGCGGUGGCCUCUUUCCAGCAAGAAUGGCACCGCCUGGGCUGGAGGCUGCGUGCCCCUUUCAAGGAGGCCACCAGGUUCAGCCAAGCGAGGCCACCUGGGAUUCCUACGCGACCACAACGAGGACUGCAUUCACGCCCAAGACGGGAGCGGUGCCUGCUUUAAUUCGUCGAAAGGGUAUCAGAAGACUAGGAUAUACCUAUUCUCUUAGUGACCCUAUUCCCAAUCAGACACAGUACAACGAUGAGUAUGUUUGGAAAUCAUGUUCUAAAGAAGACUGGAUCAAAACCGGGACUUCAAGAGGAGUCAGGAGCCAAAUACCUCGCCCCAGUCAAGAUUUCUUUCUCUGGACGUUGCCUCAGGGCCAAUCAACAGCAUCAAUAAAGAGCCACCUCCCUUGGAAAAUCGCUGCUACAAAGGAAGAGGUUAGGAAGGCGAUAGCAAAUCAGUUUAUUUCUAGUACUAGAAGAGACUUUGUAGACACAGCAAAAGCUCAGGAGAUUCAGGAAAGUUCUCAGAUGUCGCUGGGACAGAAAAAGUUACUUCCUCGACCUGUGGACACUGAGUUUCGACGGAAUUACCAAGUUCCAGCUAAAAUUCCUGAGCUUCAGGACUUUAGCUUCAGUUAUGGAUGCUACUCAAGCCUCCCAGUUGCUUCUCAGGGUCUCGUCCCUUCCGUGCUGUACAGCCACAUGAGGAAUCAAGAACGCACAAAGAAGCGGACUACGUACCAAAGCGAUUAUGGGAAAACCUACCCGGAUUUCUUAGUGAUUUUAAACUCAGUUACUCCCUCUCAAAUCACAGAGUACCUUCAGAGUCUUUCCUACAAAGACAGACAAAUUCUUGAUCGCUUUAUUCGCUCUCACUGUGGCGUUGACAUGGGACAGGAAAAUAACGGAAACGGUUCAAAUGAAGAAAAUUGAAAAUCAAUGAAAGCACCGGGUCAGAGGGCCUACUGAGUCAUUUUUUCAAUAAUGAAAAAAUAAUAAGAUCCAAAUUGUUCUAAAUAAUUUAUUCGUGACUCUGUGUAAUUUUGUUUUAUUUUGUUUUUAAACAAUAAAAUCAUUUAAGGUCAUAAAUCCUUCCCACCACCAUAGCUUUAAGUGUAUCUAAUAGAUUUUGCUGUAAUGUUUUGUCCUAUUAUCUUCUGGAUACUUAAUUUGUGGUUUCAGUUUUGAUAUCCUCUUAGACCCAGAAAUUAUGCCAAAGAGGUUUCUUAAUUUUCCAAUAAUUAGAGGAUUUUAAAA